GUAUGUAACUGUAUGAUAGUGGUACUUUUUAUCAUGUGCAGAUCAUCACGAGUCAGAUUAGACCUUUAAUCUGAGGCCAAUAUUGACAAAUACACUGUUCUAAUUCAGUGAGAUUUAACGCAACCAAGAAAAUGUGGCAACAAAUAACGCUUAUUACUGUGAUCUAUCUUUGCACCAGUGUUAGUGGAUCCACAGAAUAUUUGGAUUUCGACAAGUCGUGUGACAAUUAUCUUAAUUCAUAUACAAUCUAUGAUGAUGAGACCUACUACAUAAGAUGGAAAGGAGCGAGACCCAAAUUGUACUCACCUUGCUCCUACACGUUCAGCCCCUUUGAUACAGACUACAAGGUCUGCGUGGAGGCUGUGGACCUGUCUAUCAACGAUUGUUCAGUGAAACUCCAAUACUAUGGCGGCCUCAUCGGGGGUCUGCUAAAAAGAACAUACAGCUGUUUUGAUUCUACUCCUGACAAGUUUUGCGGGAAUGCAUUUGAUGACGUCAAAGUUAAACUGAGCGCAACUUCCUCCUCGUCAUCUUCGUCGUCAGGGUCGUUUACGUUGAAGGUCACGACAAAAAACACAAACAAUGCUGGAAUCGUGGCGGGGGCGGUUGUCGGGGGCGUGGUUUUCGCCAUCUUUGUUGUCUUGGUGAUCAUCAUCGUCUGUAGACGACGACGCCUGCAUCCUGGGACAGUAGUAUUAGGGAGUGGAAACCAACAGCAGGUCGUGACGUCAACAGCCACGUCAUCAUAUGCAGGAGGUUUUUCUAAUCAAAACUAUGCAGCGCCACCUCCAUAUCCCGGUGUAGAUAACUCAGGAAAAGUGAUGAAUUCAUAUCCACCCCCGCCCACCACUGGAUACAAUGCGCCGCAAUAUCCCGGCACUGGAUACAACGCCACAGGAUAUUCCGCCAAUCAGUGCCCGCCAUACCCAGCGAACUAACAAAUGUAGAUCGUUACAUGUUAGUUUUACGUGAACCAACAAAUAUUUCAUGGACAAACUGACGUUAUAUAUACAUACAUGUAUUACUGAAUGUAAUAUCUAAAAAAAAAAAAUUUACCUUUUCCAGAAAUGUACCGGGCAUUGUACUUUGUAAGGGAACAUCUGUAUGACAAUAAAAUAACUUACAUUCAUA